AUGGAUGAAGUUAGUAGAUUAAGUUUAAGCAAUGAAUCGACGACUACUAUAGGACGUAUGGAUGAAGAUGAUAUGAAUUUAUAUCCGUUUCCUGAAAAAGAUUAUGGUGGUGACAGAUUGGCUUUACAACAUCAUCUAUUUAAAUAUAUAUGGCGAGGCAACUUUUCCGCUCCUGUUGUUGAUAAAUUGAAAGCUGGUGCAAAAGUCUUGGAUUUUGGAUGUGGUACUGUCACUUGGCUCCUAGAUUUAUCAUCACAAUAUCCAAAAUCAACCUUUUACGGUGUUGACCAACCUUAUUUACUUCGUCAUAGUACUCCAAUGCUACCGUCAAACGUUACCGUUCAAUAUUAUGAUAUUUUAUCAGGGUUACCAUUUGAAGAUGAAACUUUCGAUUUUAUAUAUAUGCGCUUCAUGGCUGGUGAAUUACCCGAGAAACAAACUGAAAGGAUAAUAAAUGAAUUUUUAAGAGUUUUAAAAGUAGGCGGUUAUUUGGAGAUUAUGGAUGUUGAAACUCAAGGCAGGAAUGAAGGUCCAAUAACGCAAAAUUUUGUGUCUUCAGUUCUAUCAUACUAUAAAGCAAUUGAAAGAAAUCCUCAAAUGAUAACGAAAAUUAAUUCAUUAUUUCGUUCUAAUUCACAAUUAACUUCCAUAACAUUCGAAGAAGAAUAUUGUCCGAUCGGUACUUGGUAUGGCAACAUAGGCGAAAUCGCUCUGAUAAAUUGGACAACAUUAUUGAAUCAGAUGAAAUAUUAUUUAAUGCCUUUUUUGGGUGCUAACGAGCAUAAUUACAGAGAAAUGAUUAAUAAAUUUGUUGAUGAAGUUGAUAUCUUUCAAACAUAUUGGGUUAGUUCUAGGGUUAAUGCGAAAAAAGUGAGGUAA